AUGAUUCAACCGUCUGCCAUAUUUAAUCAGAGGAAGAACGACACCUUUCCAAGUGAUACAGUUCAGAAUCCUCGAAAUAAUGGUUCAUGUAUGGCAGUCACAACUAGGAGUGGCAAGAUAUUAUCUAGCCCUUUCGUGGGCGAAGCUGUUGUUGAAAAUAUGAUUAAAGAGGAUCUUGAUGAUGAUAGUAAUGAGUUAGGGAAGAAGCCAGAAAAGAAAAAGGAAGUAGUGGUCACUACUCUCCCAAAACCACCGCCUCCCUUUUCUCACAGAUUAAAGAAUAAGGCCGAUGAUAAAAAAUUUGGAAAAUUUAUGGCUAUGCUUAAGCAGUUGAUGAUAAAUUUACCAUUGGUGGAGGCAUUGGAACAAAUGCCUGGCUACGCUAAAUUCAUGAAGGAACUUGUCACAAAGAAAAGGACGGUGAGCUAUGAAUCGGUGGAUAAUCUCCACCAUUGUAGUGUCAUUUCAACAAGAUCCUUAGUGCAAAAGAAAUUGGAUCCUGGAUCAUUUACCAUCCCAUAUACUAUUGGAUCAUUGGAUUUUGCAAAGGCCCUAUGUGAUUUUGGGGCGAGUAUUAAUCUGAUUCUACUAACAGUUUAUGAGAAAUUAGGUUUGGGAGACCCCACACCUACUAACAUGAGGCUUGUGAUGGCAGACAGAUCUGUGAAGUAA